AGAGAUAGAUUUGGGUGUGGUGAGUUCAAUCUGCAAUCUAAUUUGCAGUGUAAAAAUAAAGCAGCCAGUAUUGACCCUGCACAGAAAUAAAAUAACCCACCCAAAUCUAACUCUCUCUGCAAAUGUUAUAUCUGCCCCCCCUGCAGUGCACAUGGUUUUGCCCAAUUGCUAACUUUCUUGCUGCUGCGAUCAACUCAGAAUUACCCCCUAUACCCAGAGUUCUGCAGUGACUACAGAAUGUUUUCUUCCUGUGUUUCUCUUCUCUCUGGCCACAUGGGGGCGUUAAUUCUGCCCUGCCUCCGUCUUCUCAUCUGCCCAGCUGUAAAAGAAGAACAGGAUUACACGGCACUGAUAGAGCGAUCUGGUGAGUGUGUGACACCCAGGAGCCAUCCCCAUGUGUCAGGAGGAUGGAGCAGGACCCAGAGCCUCAUCCCGAUGCCUCCACCUCACUCCCUGAUACAUGAGAGAGACAGUGACCAGAAGAUCCUGGAACUGACCAAUCAGAUCAUUGAGCUGGUGACAGAAGAGGUUCCUAUACAGUGUCAGGAGGAGAUGGAGAAGUCAGAAGGACACCGGGAUCUGUAUGAGGAUGUGAAGAUGGAGAAUCACUGGCCCCUCUCAUCACUGGAUGGGUCCAGGAGCAGAAAUACCUCAGAGACAGAUCUCCACCAUCUUCAUUCACAGGACUGUACAGAGGAGAAUCACUGGAUCCCACAGGAGGAUCAGCAUGACGUCCUGACGGAUAUUAAAGUAGAAUUUCAAGAGGAGGAAGAGACGUAUGUGAACGGAGAUCAGCGGUAUAAGGAGGAGGAAGAGACGUAUGUGACGGGAGAUCAGCGGUGUAAGGAGGAAGAGACGUAUGUGAACGGAUAUCAGCGGUGUAAGGAGGAAGAAGAGACGUAUGUGAACGGAGAUCAGCGGUGUAAGGAGGAAGAAGAGACGUAUGUGACGGGGGAUCAGCGGUGUAAGGAGGAGGAAGAGACGUAUGUGAACGGAGAUCAGCGGUGUAAGGAGGAGGAAGAGAUGUAUGUGACGGGGGAUCAGCGGUGUAAGGAGGAGGAAAUCCCUACAGAUAUCAGCGCAGCAGAUGGAAGCAAACAUUGGGAAAUCUUGGAAGGACGACGACGUCAAUCUACAGAUUAUAAAAUGGAAGAUAACAUCGUACAAGACGCUCCAGGACAAAACCCAAUUAUCCUAAAUACAUAUUCAAUACUUCCCAGUGCAGAUAAAUUAUCUGAUCCCUCUAAUCAUGAGUCAUGUUCCAUAAACAGUGCUACACAAAGUACAGCUCAUAUCCAUGACAAAAUAGUUCCAUGUUCUGAGGGUAGGAAAUGUUUUACCGCUAAAUCAUCUCUUCAUAACCAUCAGAGACCUCGUGUAGGUAAGAAAUCAUUUCCAUGUUCUGAUUGCGGAAGAUGUUUUAACAACAAAUCAUCUCUUGCUGAACAUCAGAAAACUCAUAUAGGUGAGACUCUCCUUCCAUGUUCUGAGUGCAGGAAAGAGUUCACAGCUAAAUCAUCUCUCCUUAGGCAUCAGAGAUGCCACACAGGGGCAAAAAAUUUUCCCUGCUCAGAGUGUGGGAAAGUUUUCACAGUUAAAUCAUCUCUCCUUGAGCAUCAAAGGUCUCACAUAGGGGAUAAACUCUUUACAUGUUCUGAGUGUGGGAAAGAGUUUACAAGUAACUCGAAACUAAUUAGACAUCACAGAACGCACACAGGUGAGAAACCAUUUUCAUGUUCUGAGUGUGGCAAAUGUUUUACCAACAAAUCGCAACUUCUUAUACAUCACAGAACGCACACAGGUGAGAAACCAUUUUUAUGUUCUGAGUGUGGGAAAUGUUUUACCAACACAAAACAACUUCAUAUACAUCAGAGAACUCACACAGGAGAGAAACCAUUUCCAUGUCUUGAGUGCGGGAAACUGUUUAUACAGCAAUCAAUACUUAUUCGACAUCAGAGAACUCACACGGGUGAGAAACCAUUUUCAUGUCCUGAGUGUGGGAAAUGUUUUACAUGCAAAUCAGGUCUUAUCAGACAUCAGGCAAGUCUUGUUAAACAUAACAAAACUAACAUUACUGAAAAACCGUUUCCAUGUUCUGAGUGUGGUAAGUGUUUUAUUAACAAAGUGCAACUUAUCAUCCAUCAGAGAAUACACACGGGUGAGAAACUCUUUACAUGCUCUGAGUGUGGCAAAUGUUAUACCAACAAAUCGCAUUUUCUUAUACAUCAGAGAACUCACACAGGCGAGAGGCCAUUUACUUGCUCUGAAUGUGGCAAAUGUUAUACAGCUAAAUCUUCUCUUGCUGAGCAUCAGAGGAAGCACACGGGUGAGAAACUAUUCCCAUGUUCUGAGUGUCAGAAACUGUUUACACAGCAAUCAAUACUUAUUCGACAUCAGAGAACACACACAGGAGAGAAACCAUUUCCCUGUUCUGAGUGUGGGAAGUGUUUUACAAUGAAAGCACAUCUUGCUAUGCAUCAGAGAACACACACACAGGUGAAACACCUUUUAUGUGCUCAGAGUGCGGGAAGUGUUUUACAAUGAAAACACAUCUCAUUGUGCAUCAGAGAACUCACACAGGCGAGACACCGUUUAUGUGCUCUGAGUGCGGGAAGUGUUUUACAAUGCAAACACAUCUUGUUGUGCAUCAGAGAACUCACACAGGAGGGAAACAGUUUCCUUGUUCUAAUUGUGGGAAAUGGUUUACACACAAACACAGUCUGCUGAGACACCAGAGAACUCACACAGAUUAGAAAUUAUUUCUAUGCUCCUAGUUCAAAACUGGGUACACACCUAAAUGGUGGUGUGACAAGGUGUUGCAAAGUAACAAUAUAUCGCUUCACUGUGCACACUUCAUUCACCGUAAGACAAUGAAAUAUAUUGUCACUGCGGCAUAGUCCCAUGUGAUGUGCAGCUCAUCAGAUGGAGUGAAACAACCACCCAAUUCAUCAAAUGAUAAAUUGGGUGGAUUUGACUGUACACACUAUAAACUAUGGUUGUUGCGAUCUAUCACAGAUCGAAAGAUUGGUCAAUAUAUUGUAUAGUGUGCACCUACCUUAAGAAAUGGUUUACACACACACGAGGUCUUGCUCAGCAUCAGAUAAUUCUCACAGAAUAAAAAACAGCCGAACAUAAAAUGUUGCUGUGCAACUCUAAAUAUUGUACAAGCAGUUGAUAGUAUUAGUGCAAUUUAAUAGAUAUAGUUUAUAAACAUUGUUAAUUUAACAUCUUUGAUUUAUGGAGAUCAGUUCAAUGCUUAAGUCUCACAGUAUAUAUAAACAAUGUAUCAUUGUAAUUCCAAUCGACAGACAUGUUAUGUAAGUCACCAACAUAAGACGAGAACAGGUCUCUUGUGUCGCACUUUGGGCAGACUACGGACUAUUAGACAAUGUCGCCAUGCACACUGAUGACUACACUUCGGAUCCUGACUGCUGGGAUUUCCUACUCAACACGGUAUACUAUGUAGACAAAAGUGAUUGGACACUGACAGCAGAUAGAUCAGUGAGAUGUUACUGAGGUCAGUACUGUGUAGGUCACCACGUGCAGUGAUUACUGCAGACUCCCUUCUUGACAAACUUUCCACAAGUUCCUGGACAGCAGCAGGCGCUAUGUUUUGCCAUUCUGCCUUAAAUACAGUGACCAACUGCGACACUGAAGGUCGAGUUGGUCUAGAACGCACCCAUCGCUCCAAUUCAUCCCUGAGGGUCUCAGUGGGGUUAAUAUCUGGACUUUGAGCUGGCCAGCCCAUCCGGGUUACCACAUUUUCUGUACACCAGUCCAGUGUUGUCAUAAAAACAUGACAGGUGGCAUUGUCGUCCUGAUAAAAACUUUUGUUGUUUCCGUAGAACUGCCACAACAUAUGGAGCACAGAGUUACAGAGAACAUCUCUAUACUUCUCAGAGAUAAUGGGGUAAAUUUACUAAGGUCCCGAUUUUGACCGAGAUGCCGUUUUUUCAUCAAAGUGUCAUCUCGGUAAUUUACUAAGCAAUAAUCACGGCAGUGAUGAGGGCAUUCGUAAUUUUUUGGAAGUCCAACAAAAAAAUUACGAAUGAAUACACCAUCGGUCAAAACGCGGCUGUUUAACUAUGAAUCUCGGUAAUUUACUAAGAAGUGCAAAGCAAAAAAAAAAAAAAACACUGCCGUGAAAAAUUACAACUCGUAAAAAAGUGCUAAAAAAAACAGACCUGCUUUUUUAAUCCGUGAUUGUAUAGGCAUGCAGGGAUCCAUGAGAUCCGUGCAUGUAUAUCAGUGGGAAGGGGUGGGAA